CAUAAACCGCCCCCACCUAACGACUCCGGCAUGUCUCCACGUCAGCCUUAUCUCUUGCCUGCUUGCCUUCUUCGCCCUAUCGGCAAUAUACUGGCGAUACACGAUACCAGGAUUGUCUGCAGUCAGGCGAGAGCCGCAAGUCCUUUUGCCAGAAGCGGCUACCACGAAGACGUACUUCAUGGGCUCAAGCCCAGCAGCCACCAAUAUUCUGGAGCGGCUCGUCUCGUGCAAUCAAAACAUGGCAGACAUAGGGUAAGGCUAGACAGAGGACCUGAUAGCAGAAAGGUGAGAUCGUGCAAGAGCUGACGCUGGUACUCAAAAGUUCACCGGUGAACAAUGAGGCUCGGGAUCCGCAUUAGACCGCCUCCCAUGAGGCCCUACACAACCACAUUCCUAUUGGAUAUGCCACCGGA